CAUCUCGCUCUCACCAUCGGCCUCUAGGCAGUACGCAUUGUUCCUGACCGUCGCCGCCACCCCGCGUUCUGCUUCCGGUCUCUCGUCGUAUCUGUCGUUCCCUCUCUCUCUCUCUCUCUCUCCUGUCACAACUGCUCCCACCGCUUUGUUGCAGGGUGUCGGCUCUGUCCAUACCGCUGGCCCCAUCUAUCGACGAGUGGGCAUUUGGGCAUCCCUUUCUGAGACUUCCCCAACUCCGCCCAUCCUCAGUCCUUUCCUUGCCAUGCCAAAUUCCGUGACCAUGGCUGCGACAUUCAGGCCGGUCAACACACGACUUGCUGCCGAUGCCAAGAGCGAGGAUACCACGACCACAUCCCCAGCCACCCCGCGUUCGAGCGCCACGUCUCUAUCGCGGGAUUCGCAACCUCUCCUCGCCGACGACCCAACCACGCCCACCCGGGCUUCCUUUGCUAGUGACGCGCUCGCCUCCCAAAAACCUCUGCCGUCAUCUCCGUUUCCCGACACGGUACAGUUAUCGGAUGCCGCUGACAAAUCCGCCAAACACGCUAAGAAGUCGCUGAACACCACGGGUGGCGACAUGGAAGAUUCGGAUGGCGAAACGGCUCCCGGUGAUGAGGGCGCCGUGUCGGAGGGUGAAAGCGCCAACGGGGAUGGCUCGAAAUCGGGUAAAAAGAAGAAGUCACAGCGGUUUUACUGCACUGAUUACCCGCCUUGCAACCUCAGUUUCACCAGGAGCGAGCAUUUGGCUCGACAUAUUCGAAAACAUACCGGCGAGAGACCGUUUCAGUGCCAUUGCUCACGUCGCUUCUCCCGGCUUGACAACCUGAGACAACACGCCCAGACCGUACACGUGAACGAAGACAUCCCUAUCGACUCGCUGGCAGCCACCGGGGCUCGAUUCCAACGUCAAAUCCGGACCGACCGAGUGAGGCAGAUUGGAGGAAGGCCCCGGCCACCCACGGCCGGCAGUGGAACUGGCGUCCGUGGCCAUUCGAAAUCGCUGUCCACGUCGAGCGUCGGAAGCGUGAGCUCUGUGGGCUCCUUUGCCAGUAGUCGCGACGAUCUUCGGCGACGGCCGCCCCCCCUGGUCAUGGCAGAUCCCCGCGCUCGUCCGGGCCCAGGUCCGGGAUUGGAAGGAGGACACCAUCGCCCUGCCGACGGGAGCUACAUGUUCCGGCCCGUGUCGCCAACUGACUACAGCACCCCGACUUCGGCCACUUUCUCGACCGGCCAGAGUAGUCCUCGCUGGGGAUCAGCCAUCGUAUCGCCCACCACGUCGCACUCGCGAUCUCAGAGCAUGUACUCGGUUGAGCCUCGGACGCCUGGUCGUCGUCUCAGCGUACCGUCGGCGGGGGGACAUCCUUUCCAGACCCCUCACGGCGCCCCGAUGAAUCGAUCCGUCUUCGGCCCAGGGGCGAUGAACAGCUCCAACUCGGGUGCUUUCUCGCCCGCCACAAGCAGCGUCCUCGGAUCCCCGCCUACCCCUUUGUCAUCCUGGUCUGGCCGCAGAGACUCGUCGACGUCGGUGGCCGAUGAAGUCUGGAAGAGACGCACCUGGCACCCCGAGAGCCGAGGGUUCCAACCCACCACCAGCAGCUACCCGGGGAACACCGUGACCGCGCCGUAUCAGCCCGCAGCGCCACAACUGCCGACGGCCAAUGCGUCGAAAAUCCCGCAGGCCAUCCGCCUGCCCGGCAUAGAGUCGUUUGAUCCCCUUCCACCGCGUCCGGCCUCCCCUCCACGACGGAACCCGUCACCCAUGGUGAUUGACUCGGAGCCGAGCCACCCGCCACCUGCUCUGCACCCAGGCACCGACCCCGCUGCCGACGAGCGACGCAACGUGCCCCAUUGGGAUAUGGGCCUGCGCCGGGGGCUGACGAGACUCGAUCUGCGGUCCAGCAAUGUCUCCCCUCCCCGCGAUAGCGCUAGCCAUUGGGCGAACGAAGCGGAUCAGGCUGUCCAGGCCCAAGCCGAGCGAGCACGCGCCAACGCACCUACGGUCCGAUUCGAGCUCGACCCGCGUCCGGCUCGUCCGGCCCAUCCGACCCAUCCGGCCUAUGCGGUCCAACCGAAUUCGAAUGCCGGGCAGGGCACGUUUGCUCGGAAUCACCAGUACACCAUGUCUGCGCCGUCCAUCUCGACGCCGCGGGACGCCAAGCGCCAUGGCUGGUACCACGGGCCCAUCAACGGACCUGGGCAAGCGUCGGCCGAGCAAGGGCAGGAUGGUCGGGGGUUGCAGGGCUCGCAUGUCGACCGUAUUAUGCACCCUAACAUAACCGCGUUCGGGGGAUUCCCUGGCCGGGAUGGGCGGAGGGAAGCCCAGGCGCCCAGCCAGCAACAUAGCAGCAAUUCGAAUUUACAGCAGGCAGGGGACCGACCUCCCAACGCCGGUUCCUCCCGGUUCGACGCUCUGGUGGCGGUCGCUGCCAGCGAAGGAAGCACGGCGGCGGCCUACUAGGAACUUUCUUUCUAAUCCGCGGUUCUCGACCGCAUCUCCCUCUGCUACCGGUUCUCGACAUGGUCUGUUGGGGGUCGGUUCCCCCAGAGGUCUCGCAUAGACUUCUAUCUUAUUUUGUCUUCCCAAUUGGCCACGAGCUUGUGGAUAACAUGUC